UAUUCUGAUCUUAAGUGGUGUGGUUAGAGGGAUGCUUUUGACUAAAAUCAGGGUUUAAUUCCAUCCUGGGUCAAGUAACUUCUCCCCAAAUGCGUAGUUGGAUUGUGUGCUGUCUGAUGUGGCUGAUUUCUUCUUUAGAUGAGGGCUGUCCAAAACUUCCUCCAGUGGACAAUAGUGUAUUUGUUGGAAAGGAGAUAGAAGGACAGACUCUGGGGAUUUACCUUUGUAUCAAAGGCUACCACUUGGUGGGAAAGCAGUCUUUUGUCUUCAGUUCCUCAGAGGAAUUGGAUGUCUCCCUCCCUGAGUGCCACUUGGGCCACUGUCCCAACCCUGUACUGGAAAAUGGCACAGUCAGUUCUUCUGGACCUGUGAAUGCAAGUGACAAAAUUAUGUUUAAAUGCAAUGACGGUUACAUCCUCAGGGGAAGCAAUUGGAGUCAAUGCCUAGAGAACCACACCUGGGCACCUCCCUUUCCCAUCUGCCAAAGCAGAGACUGUGAACCUCCUGGGAUUCCUGACCAUGGCUAUUUUGAAGGAGAAAACUUCACCUCAGAAUCUGUUGUUACUUAUUUCUGUGAAAGUGGGUACCACCUAGUGGGCAUACAGAAGCUGCAAUGCAUUGAUGGGAAUUGGAACAGUUCCUAUCCUACCUGUGAGCCCAUUCAAGAAGCCUCCAAACCAGCUGAACAGAUUGCACUUGAGAAAGCAAUUCAUGCCUUCCAGGAGGGAAAGGACCUUUGCAGUGCCACAGAGAACUUUGUGAGGAGCCUAAAGGAAAGUGGACCAACAAUGGAAGAACUGAAAUAUUCCCUGGAGAUGAAGAAAACUAAGCUGAAGGAAUACAUUUUAUCGAAAUAUAAGUAACAGAAUGGUCACAGAAAUGCCCCUAUGAAUAAACUGCUUCUGAAGGUG